ACCCGUUAUUGUAUCGCGGGAGGCCUUCAGGGAUUGACAACGGCUCCGAACCUUAAAUAUUUGACAUUCAGCCUUGUAACGGCCAGAACAACAUGCUGAGAAGCGGAGUAACUUCCAUACCAGGGGCCGCCAGAGGUCUGAGCGGGAGAUCACUCGCCCGACGGACGCACCCGUGCUGUCGGCAACGGACCUUUGUGUCGUGCGGCUUGCCGACCGCAACUCGGAUACGCAGUGGCACCCUCCGAACCUCAACUUCAAUAUCAUCCCCAACCCACAAGUUAUCUACAAUUGUAGGGCAGCACAACAGCACAGCAACCAUAAACGCCUCCGCAACAACCUCAUCACCAAGCACAGCAGCCUCCGCCGGAGCCGCACCACCAUCACAGGGUCCUCUGGCGACCUACACCGACCUGCUCGAGCGAGGGCUUCUGAGACCCGACGCACACCAAAGGAAAACGGUCGAGCUUUUGGAAAACCUGUACCUGCGGGUGAAGGCGUACGACCCGCCGCCGGUGCAGCAUAUUGAUCUGGAAGCGGAUAAAGCGCUGCCGGCGCAUAAGCAGCAUGGGAGGGAUGAUAUUAUGUCGCCAGAUUUUGCCUGGGCGGUUAAGCAGGAGGAGGAGACCUUUCUGUCCAAGGUCUUUGGAUUAUUUGGGGGAAAGAAGGAAAAAGGUGUAGCAGACGUGGUAGAGCAGCGAGGACCCAGGGGUCUAUAUCUCUUCGGCGACGUCGGGACAGGAAAGUCCAUGACAAUGGACCUCUUCUACAACACCGUCGACAUACCCCGCAAACGGCGCGUCCACUUCCACGCCUUCAUGCAAGACGUACACCGACGCAUCCACAAACUCCGCACACAAAAAGGCAUCACCUACGACCCGAUCCCCAUCCUCGCCGCGGAACUAGUCAACGACGCCUGGCUCCUCUGCUUCGACGAGCUGCAGGUCACCGACAUCACCGACGCCAUGAUCCUCCGCCGCCUGUUUGACGAGCUGUUUAAACGCGGAAUGGUCAUGGUGACAACAUCCAACCGACCGCCAGACGAUCUCUACAAGAACGGGAUCCAGCGCUCAAGCUUCCUCCCCGCCAUCGACCUCCUCAAACAGUGUUUGCAGAUCCAUAGCCUCAACUCAGGCAUCGACUAUAGGAAACAGGACAUGGAACGCCUCCGCGUCUAUUUCACGCCGUUGAACAGCACAACAGCGGCACAUAUCGACGCCAUCUUCACGAAACUGGCCGACGGAAACCCCAUCGCUCCGCGCACACUCACCGUCCUCGGUCGCCCCGUCGUCGUCCCUUUUGCAUCCCCCAACGGCGUCGCGAAAAUAUCCUUCGCCGAGAUCUGUGGCCAGCCACAUAGCGCCGCGGACUACCUCGAGCUCGUCACCACCUUCCACACGAUCUUGAUUACCGACAUUCCGCGCAUGUCCAUGGCCCACCGGAACGAGGCAAGGAGAUUCAUCACGCUGAUUGAUGCGAUGUAUGAGAAUAAGACGCGGUUGGUCGUGUCGGCGGAGACGGAUGUCGCGGAGCUGUUCUCGGGCGAGGAGGGCGGUGUGCCAGCCAAAGGGAAUGGCGUCGCGUCUGUGGCGCCGAAGCCGAAGGUGGAUAUGCUGCUUAUGGAUGAUUUAAAAUUAUCCACUGAGCAUUUAACAUCCCCAAUCUUCACCGGCGCCGAAGAAAUCUUCGCCUUCCAGCGCGCCGUCUCACGCCUCCGCGAAAUGCAGUCCCUCCAAUGGCUCGGCACCGGGUUGAAGGAUACGCUUCGCGACGCUACCAACGAAGCUGUGCGGCGCGCUGAUGUUGGCGUGCUUGUGAGUGAGGGGAAUCGACGAGCCAGGGUGGAGGAUACUGUGGGGAGUGUGAGAGCCGAGGUUGGGCGGUGAUGAGUGAGAUGAAGGAUUUGUUUGACCCGACAACCUGUUCUCCUUUUCUGCAAGACACAGUAUGCGUAGGUUAUAGCUUCCCCUGUCCUCGCUAGAUGGGGAAUAGGAAUACAGUUAGAUUCCCCCAUUACAAAAGGACGUGGACAUGAUGGGGACGAUAGACAAGAAAACGAAAAAUUCAAUUCACGAAAUGCGAAAUUGGUGUCCUUCACUCGAUGAUAUGUGACUCAUGGUUAUGCGAUGAGGGGUAUAUAU